UCUCAGGCUGGGUGUCUGGAUGGGGACUGGGUACAGUGGGUGCCACAGAGAACCCAGCUGCGCGUCUGCUUUUGUUGAGGGCCAUUUCUAUUGAGAACUAGCUAUAGUAUUAACAUGUUCAGCUUGAUUAUGCUGAAAUACUGUAUUCAUGUUGUGAGAUGAGGGCUUAUGAAUGCCUCCACAAACUCGUAUUUAUACAAUUUUUAGAGUAGGCGUGUAAAUAAAAACGUGAUUUUUUAUAUAGUUUUAAAUGGUUUUAACUAUGUUAGUUACUUGGAAAGUUGGCUGUUGGCCCUAAAUCCAAAUGUCAGCGAUGGGGCCAUACUGGGUUGUUUGUACAGUGCACACGGGGCCUAAAUAGGACCCAUGUGAAAUUAAGAUGGGCUGUAACGAUGUGGCCCGUUUUUAAAUGCCCAAAUGAGAAAGAUGAAUCUGAGUAGGAACAUAUGUACAAACCCAAUUAGAGCCCAAGCCCACAUUCCACCCAUAUGAAUCAACCCACAUCUACAAGCCACACCCUGUAAUACCAGGUCUGUAUGUAGCUAACUGUCAGGUAUUUUAGGCAGUUUAGUAUCGAAAAGUUGUGUGAAGUGUGUGUUUGAAGGGAAUUUACUUUCUCUUGCUGUUUCCUGGUUUAUGCAACAGAUACAGAAAAAUGGACUAAUUAAACUAGUUUCUCCCCAUCUCUUAUCAUUUCCUCCACAUUUGAUUAUUAAAUAAACCUGUCCUGCUGUUUUAAGACGCACACAAGGAAGCACACUAGAGGGCACUGCUAUCUUGAGUUUGAGAUUAGGAAGAAUUUUCUUAAUUUGUGGUGAAGAUAUGUCCCCAGGUAGCAAAAUGAUUUAGUGUGACAGUUUUCCCAGAGAGUGCUGUCUUCCUCAUUAGUUGUCUACUCAGCUGAGCAGCAGACAGCAGUGCUCUGUUCUAGGCUGCACAUGAAGAGACUGGAAUGAAGAUGAAAUUAGCUCUGUUCUUGCUGCUCAUUGUCCUGCAGAUUGAGCCCCUAAACAGCACAAUCAGGCAGAUCCAGCAGUGUGGAGUUCAUUGCUCUAAGGGGCUGAACUGUAAUGUCAAACCUUACUUGUCAUUAUCACGCUGCAAGAAACAGCAUGACUGGACCAACAGCAGCAGCAUCCAUAAUGUCAGCCUGUCCACUGUUGUGAGAUGUGAAAAAGGAAAGUGUUCAGUCAACCUCAACAUGGUCGUAAAGAUGACACUUUAUGAUGAUAUCCGUGGUGUAUUCAUGUGUGUGCACUCUCCUGGGAUGUUGGAACGCUGCCAAAUUGUGAACUUUCCACACAACACUAGACAACACGCCACUGGAAAAGAGGUAGAGGUCCAGUAUGACUGUUUUUCUGUCCGGCCUGGACAAGAUCUGCUUGUGACACUGAACACAGUCCCCAGCUUCUGCAAUAAUACUUGGACACAAACAUAUACAAUUCCAGAAUGUGCUGAUGAAGACCUCAGGAGAACAAUUUCAGAGUGCAAGACUGGAGAGCUGGCGUACACAGUAAACACUAACAGGACAGAAAUUACUGUCAGGGUGCGAGAAGCUCCUGAGGAUGCAGACUACAACCUUAGACUCUGCCUUAAAGGACGUAUUUGCAUCGGAGUAGGAUCACACCGCCUGAUCAAAAAACAAGACUUGCACAGAAACCAGUCAUUUCUAUACUCCAAGGCCCUUCCUUGUUUGUGCAUUGAGGGAUGGCCUGCCACAACGAACGCACGCAGAACUCAAGUGUGUCCAUUUAAAAGUAACAUUGAGGAGUUGUGGUCAGGGGUGACCUAUGACCAUCAGACACAGGCUCUGUCAUGGAAGCCUGCGUGUCCUGUCAAGGCAGUCUCCUCGUUGUGUCAAGCUGUUGUUCCGAAGACGUGCCUUGACUUUGGAAACAUGUCACUGUCCUCUGAAAAGCAUAAUGUGGUGUUUUCUACAGUGGAUCCACACCCACAGCUUUGCAUGAAGUUCACCACUGAGGCCGGGUUUUGGAUAAAGUGUCCUUUCAGUUCUGAACGUUUUCCAGGAUGGAAUCUGAAGGUGGCUUCCAAUGCUGAUGGGCACGUGGUGGAGAUAGUGUCGUGGUUUCCAGCCAGGUUUGCAGUGGGUCUGUGCAAGAUGUCCAGCUCUGUUACUUGUGAACUGCUUGAGGAAAGCUCGUUUUUAAAUAUCUCUGUGGACAGAACAAAGCCUUCAGUUGUCAACCUGUCAGCGCAGAGGUGUGACCCGAGCGUUUGCGUUCAGGUGAAGAGGAUAGAUGUGCAGUUCGCUGUGCAGGAACACCGAUGCAACCUCCAGUGCUCUGAACAGCAGUUUGAUCAGUGGAGUUACAGUGAAGCUCUGAGGAAGUAUGCACUGCCACUUGUUGUAUGCAUUAUAACACUGGUGACGGCUGUUUUGGUUGGGAAUGUGACUUUGAAAGCUUGUGGUUGGGGACAACGAAAGCAGAAACCGGACAAAAGCCCCUCAUGUAGGUCAGCAGCAGAAACAGAGACCCUGAUCCACACGGCCAGUGAAGACAUGGAUACAGAGCUACGUCUGGCUUAGGUCUGUGGGUGGCCAUUGUUCAGCUGCAACAGGAGCCUGCAAGUGGAGCCACCAAAAAAACUAUAAUUUUAGCUCCUUAAUCAGCUUGGCCUGGAUUUUGCUCCACACUUACACAUUUAUGCUUUAUUGUCACUGUCCAAAAAAAAAAUGUUUAUUUCCAUUUUUGUCAGUUUUUCACAUUUUUGUAUUUUGGUGUAAUGUGAACCUGGCAGUUACAUUUUAGAUUGUGUCACAUUUUCAUAAUGAAUCGACCUCUAGAAACUGUGAUUUAGAAUACAGUCUUUUUACAUUAACUUCAUUUGAAGGUAAGCAUAGGCCUGUCAUGAUGACUAUUGUGAUAAUUGUGUUAAACGAUAUUAUUGUUAUUUUAAAACCUUUUUAUGCCACUGAUUUAAUAACAUUUAAAUUAUAAUGCAAUUACAGCUUGUUAAAGAAGGUGAUAAAUUGGGAGUUUGGGUGAUUAAGUCUUGUUUUUUUUAAUCUAUCUCAGUUUUUCCUCUAUGUGUAUAAAGCUACUGUUAUCCAUGCAUUAUUGCACACCUGGCUAAAAUAUUUGAAAAACUGAGAUAGCAUCCGUUUGUAAACAAACACAAAACGAAAUACAAUGAAUGAUAUCAUCAGCAAAAAAAAAAAUCCUAUACAUAUACUGAACGAAAAGUCAAAAUCAUAAUUAUGAUGACACAAUUCCCAUUUUAGACAAACAUCAUUUUUGCCUGACAGUGACGUAUGCUUAAACCCAUAAUAAGUAGUAUUUUAUUGUAUCUAUUAAAAGUAGUAAUAAUAUUAAUUAACAAUCUAAUUUCUGUAUAUUUACCCUUAGGCAUGUAGAUUAAACUGCCUUUCUCUUUCUCUUAAAUACACAUUGAAGAUACAUAGAAGAUUGUCUGCUUAGAAGCGCAGAUUAGAGGUGUAAGAUGUUAAGAUGAGAAGUAUCUGUCUGUAGGUUAAUAUUUGUCAUUAUUGAAUGUGUACAUUAAAAAGAUCAUUGUUUCUAAGCUGAACAUA